GGAAGGAAGGGAGAAUAGGUGCGCGUGGGAGCAGUUAUGUGUUUGGUGGGGUCCGCGUGAACAGCAAUAUCUUUGGGGUUGUGUGGAUAUAGUUGCAGCUUUUUCUCCAGGUAGAAAUGGGACGUUUACAUUAUGUCUGUGUUCUGGCUUGCACUUUUUUCGUUUCUCAAGCCGAUGGACUCAAAACUUACCGAGACAUGUUCCCUCAUAAGCAUUCAGUAUCGAUGAAGUUUCCACCGAUCCCCGGUUGGAACCCAGACAGUAACCCAUGGGAUGACUAUCUUUACCCACCCUUCAGUCCCAAGGAACUAACGCGGAGGAAAGGUCAGCCCAUCAAAGUUCGCCUGACCAGUGACAGUCCUGCGAUCAUUGGCUCUAUGGUGUCAUUUACGGCCAAGCUAGACUACCCACCUUGUCAGCAGGAGGAUGCCAAUGGGGAGCUGGUGUGGGAUGAGCAUUGUCUGGAUGGUGUGGAGCUGGAGGCCUCAGCUAACGGUCAGCUGAAGCAUGGCUAUGUGUUUAACUGGACGUCCUGGCUGGAUGACUACGGCUUUGGAAAGUGUACUGACCUGAAGAGAUGUAACGUCUUCCCAGACGGGAAACCCUUCCCUCAGAGCAACGACUGGAGACACAAGAGCUACGUCUACGUAUGGCACUCCAUGGGUCAGUACUCUGAGACGUGCGAUGGCUCCUCUUCCACCCUGACAGUGAACACCAGUGACAUCACUCUGGGGCCGGAGCUGAUAGAAGUCAUGGUGUACAGGAAACGUGAGCGCAGGAAGUACAGCCCCCUGGCCACAGACAAGACCGUCUUCUUCGUCACAGACCAGAUCCCAGUGGCGGUGAAUAUUUCCCAGAAGGCAGCAUCCAACCUGUCAGCGAGCGUGUUUGUGCGUGGCGAGGACGUGGUGUUCAGUGUGUCUGUUCAUGACCCCAGUAACUACCUGAAGACUGCCGAUGCCGUCGACUACAUCUGGGACUUCAAGAACGGCAACCGGCUGGUCACCCAUAGCAACGUGGCCACGCAUGCCUACAGCGCGGUCGGCGAAGUUAACGUGAAGCUGAUGGUGGAGGUGGCGAUCAAGAUCCCGUGCCCCCCGCCAACACCGAUGAGUGUUACUUCGCCACAAACUACAGCGGCUCCUACACCUCCCACUGGCACUCACUCCAUCACUAGCAAAAUGGAAACAACUCAUGGCUAUGUGCCAAGCACCACUGCCAGACCCACCUCCAAGGGCCCCAACACACCUGUUCCCGGGACAACAGGCUUCCAGACGACAGAGCCCCUCCCCUCGACGGUGGCUGAUUUGACCCAGGGGUUCAACCCGACCUCGCUGCUGCCAGCUGUCCCCACCCCUAUGGCCCAGCUCCAUCACAGACACCUGGCGGCCACCGACUGCUUCCGCUACCUCUACGGAACUUUCCAGACCAACAUCACCAUCAUCGAGCACCUAAUCAACAGUCAGCCAGCCAAUCGAAUCGUGGACGUGUCUGCUGCCAAGGUGACCAACACUGACAUCAGCUUCCUGGUCAAGUGCCUGGGCAGCACUCCCACCUCAGCCUGCACCAUCGUGUCGGACCCCUCCUGCCGCCAGGUCAGGAACAUCGUGUGUGAUGACGUGCCUCCGUCUUUGGGGUGCGAGGUGCGCCUGCGGAGGACCUUCCUGGAGCCGGGGAUCUACUGUGUCAACAUCACCCUGGAGGAUGCCAGCAGUAUGUCCCUCGCCACCAUCACCAUCAGCAACACUGACCCUGACACACCCGUGUCUAAAGCUCCUCAUGCUGCAGAGGUUGUCCUCUCCUCCAGUGCUAUCCUGGUAGCCAUCUUUGCCUUCAUCGCCUUCAUAGUCUACAAGCGCUAUAAGGUCUACAGACCUGUGACGAGGUCCCUGGUGGAGGAUGCCAGUGUCCAUGUUGAGAUUGGGGGUCGUAUGGGCCGGCUGAGGGAGAUCAUAUUCCCCACCAACGAGGAGAGUCGCCGCCUGCUGACAGACAGACGCCCCGUUUAGACCCACCGUCCCCGUCGGUACUACAGAAGGGAAGCAGAACGAAAUAAAACAAGUAGAACUUACACUCGUCUGUCAGUUAGGAUAUUGAGUAUCUGUUCUACACCAUACAUUUCUAUCUGAAUGUUCUGUAACGUUAUAUAAUCCUGAACAGGCGCAAGUGUUUUUACUUAGAGGUUCUUUAGUAACAAAUUAUACAUUUAGCACAUUUAUAAAUGCAUCACAAAGAGUAUAUAUAUACCAAUAACCAAGAGAACUUCUUUACAUUUUAGUUUGUCAAAGUAACACUGUUAAAAGGUAAGAUGUGCUGAAAAAUAUGAAAAUAUGAAUCUGUUUAGUUCACUUUGUAGUAGAAAAGUACAAGUACCGUAAUUUCCGGACUAUAAUCCGCUACUUUAUUCCCACGCUUUGAACCUCGCGGUUUAUACAAUGACGCGGCUAAUUUAUGGAUUUUUCCUGCUUUCACAAGAUUCAUGCCGCCAAAAAAC